UUUACCCCAGUUAAUGCAGCGUCACACUCAUGUCUCAGCAGCAGCAGCAAGUGGCCCUGAACUCCCAGAGUUCUGUGCAGCGCUGCGCUCUCUGCUGCUCCGUGAAGAAGUGAAAAUGAUUCAGACAGAAAGCACAAAAACAUCCCCGGGACACGUCUCGAAUUGUUGCCUGUUGCUCUGCACAGUCACAUGUUUCCUGCAGCCGUAUUUUUAUCAGUGUGGGAUGAGGAAGCCAGAGAUGCAGAGAUAGAGGUGACACUUCAGUGACAGACGGACGAACGGACGGACAGCAGGAGGCAGCGCACAUGACCGACGGGCGCACACAGCAGGACGGCCCUGUGCUGAGAAUGAGGGAGACUUCCAUAGAGCUGGAGGAUCUCUCUGAGGACCUGGACCGUGCACCAGUCUACCUGUCAGAGUUUCACACUGAGCCCCCGCGUCGGACAAAACUCAUUUGGACCAAGUAUUGGAAACCUCUCCUGGUCUUAGCUCUGUUCCUAUUGGCCGCCGUUGUGGGAAGCGUUUACUGCGUCUACAGACGUCCAGACUGGGGCGCCACCAACAGGACAACGGCCCCCCCAUGUCUCUCCGCGGCCUGUGAUUGGGCCUCGGCCCGUCUCUCCGCGGCGGUCGAUCCCUUCGCUCAGCCCUGUGACUACUUCCUGUUUACCUGUGGAGCUAACAACGUGACGGCAGACAACAGAGGACAUCCACAGAACCGGAGUGGGAGGUCCACACUGGAGGACGCACCGAGAGGGGGAGGGGCCGGGGGCAGGAGGGGCUCCCUGCUGCAGAACCUCAGGCAGAUCUUAGAGUCCGUCGACAGGAACAGCCGUGCAGCUCUCCAGAACACCAGAACCUUCUACUCCUCCUGUUUGGACACCGGCUCCGUAGAGACGGCCGGAGUGGAACCUUUCCUCAGCCUCAUCCAGGAACAGUUGGGUGGCUGGGCGGUGUCUGGUCAGUGGGUCAGGCCUGAGUUCAACUCCACCCUGGGCGUGUUGAUGAGAGACUACGCCACCUUUCCGUUCUUCAGAGUCUACGUGGACACUGACCCAGAAGACGUCCACGGUUUGAGCAAACGUUACAUCCAGAUCGAUCAGCCCGAUCUGUUGAUCCCGAUCGAGUGGAACAACGAAACGAAGAGGUCACAGGUCGAAACCCAGACACUGCGGCCCUUCUUGUCCACCUGUCAGAGGUACCUGACCUUACUGGGGGCCCCUGAUGACAAGAGUCUCCACCACGUGGGACACUUCCUGUCUCUGUCCUCUGAACUUGCAGUCGCUGCUUCACCGCCGCGGUAUCGCCUGUCGAAAGGACAACUGUACCAGCGCAUGUCCAUCAGAGAUCUCCAGCUCCAGGCCCCUGACAUCGACUGGUUAGGAUGUCUGCAGACCACCUUUGAGCCACUCAACAUAACUGAGGACGACCAGGUGUUUGUCCAUAACCUGCCCUUCAUGGUGAACAUGUCGCUCAUCGUCAGGAAGUGGAAGAACAAGCCGGAGAACAGCAACUUUGAUCCGCUGCAGACCUUCAUGGUCCUGAACCUGCUGCACACCAUGAUGCCUGCACUGGACUCCAGGUUCUCUAAUGCUUCCAAGACUUUACCUGUGGCUCUGGAAGGAACCGGGGGGGCACAGCCUCGAUGGCAGCGCUGCGUGACGGAGACAGAGAAAGGGUUCAGCCCCGUCCUCACACACCUUCUCAGCCAGGGGGCAGCACACAGAGAGGCCCAGGAAAUCAUUCAAGACAUAUUUUCUGCCUUUAAAUCCAAGUUACAGCAACUCAAGUUGACCAAUCAGACGACGCGCCGUAUUCUCAUUGAUAAGGUUAAUUCUCUGGUUCCAAAAGUCUGGACUUCAGAUGAGACGAAGAGUGAAGAUGAGCUGGACCGUCUCUAUUCUACGGUGUCCAUGAACGACCACCGGUUCUUCUCCAACUACGUCACGUUGUUGUCCCUGUGGCAGCGGAGGCAGAGGGCAGCGCUGAGUGGCCACGGCGUUCCCGUCGAUGUUCUGUCGGUGACGCCAAGACUCCUGGGAAACCGCCUCCUCUUUCCCAUGGGACUGUUUGUCCCGCCUCUCUUCCAUCCCACCUAUCCCAGGGCAAUGAAUUAUGGGGUGGUGGGCUUCCUCGUCGCCAAAGACCUCCUCCACCUGCUGCUGCCGAACAUUCACUCCCAGAGUGAGACAGUGAGAGACGUGGGUGGAUGUGUGUGGACUCACUAUCUCACAGUGACAGACAGAGCAGGUGGAGCAGGUGGAGGAGGAGGUGCUGCUCUGACAGCAGCUCAGCAGCAGGAGCUGUGGGUUCAGUACACUGCACUGCAGACAGCUCUGCAGGCGUACCAGCUAAAUCUGGAGACACGUCCAGAGGACACGUCCAUCUCUGGACUGUCCUACACUCGUCUCUUCCUCUCCUCCUUUUCUCAGAUGAACUGUGACAGCGACCCCCACCAUGAGUCCAUGCCCCUGCAGCCCUCCUUCUUGAUCACAGUCUUUUGUGCCGGAUCCGAUCUUUGUCCAUCCGACCUCCGGUGUCCACGGAACGCCCGGACACAUUCCUUACAGAAAUGCUGAAGAGACUUUAGUUAUUCAGUUUCCUUUACUCAAUACUGCCACCUGUGUGGUGCUGUGGGAAAAUCAGCCGAGCGCCGCGGACGUCUGACGAGCGUCGGAGUGAUGAAGGUCUACGCGGCGGCCGUGAAACCCCAGAGACACUGAUGUACUUCUGUAUCUGUAGCUUUUGGAUGUUCUGUCUGCUGUUUAUUGUUGGAUAAAUAUAUAUACAUUAAAAAAACUAUUUUCUUUUA